AGCAGUCUCUCUUCUCCCUGAACAAGACUCCAAAAACACAAACACUUUCUUGCACCACCCGCUUUAGGCGGACUGACACCAAUAAGAGUCCGUCCAUAAAUCUCUCCUCUUUUGCAUCGAAACACCUCCUAUAAGUCGCACCACAAUCCAAACCCUUUUCACUCUCUCUCUCCACAUAAGCUUUCUCCCCCCCUUCUUUCUCUGACUCUCUAUUAUUCUCUCUGUUUUUGGAUCUGUAAUGGCGACUGCAGGAGGAGCAAUCGUGGAGUUGAUGAAUAGACCAAUGAAAUGUGAGAAUAAAGAUUUAGGUUGGUUUAGACAGUUGAAUGGAUUUCCAAAUGGAGGUAUUAUUAAGAGAAGAAUGGGAGCUAAUAACAACAAUAAAGCUUCUUCUUUUAAUACUAUUUCCAUGAGGGUUUCUGAAACUACUAAUAAUAUUACUAGUAGAAGAGGAUCUGAUAAUGGCUCUCCCAAUCUCGUUGAUAAGAAGUUUUCUUUUGGUCUUCAUGCUACGGAUUCAAACUAUGAAGACAGAACAGCGUUAAUUAAUGCUCAAAGAAAAACGAAAAUUGUCUGUACAAUUGGUCCUUCUACAGAUACACGUGAAAUGAUUUGGAAAUUGGCAGAAGCUGGAAUGAAUGUAGCACGAUUAAAUAUGUCCCAUGGAGACCAUAAAUCACAUCAGAAGACUGUCGAUCUAGUUAAAGAAUACAAUGCCCAAUUUGAGGACAAGGUUAUCGCCAUAAUGUUGGAUACAAAGGGUCCAGAGGUUAGGAGUGGUGAUGUUCCUCAGCCUAUCUUGUUGAAGGAGGGCCAAGAAUUCAAUUUUACUAUUAACAGAGGAGUGUGCACAGAGGAUACUGUCAGUGUAAACUAUGAUGACUUUGUCACUGAUGUGGAAGCGGGAGAUAUGCUACUUGUUGAUGGAGGAAUGAUGUCAUUAGUCGUGAAGUCAAAAACGGCAGACACAGUCAAAUGUGAAGUAGUCGACGGCGGAGAACUUAAAUCAAGGCGCCAUUUGAAUGUGCGUGGAAAAAGUGCAACUUUGCCUUCAAUUACAGAAAAAGACUGGGAAGACAUCAAGUUUGGUGUGGACAACAAAAUUGACUUCUAUGCUGUUUCCUUUGUUAAAGACGCCCAAGUGAUCCAUGAAUUGAAAGAUUAUCUGAAAAAGAACAAUGCCGACAUACAUGUGAUCCCCAAAAUUGAAAGUGCUGAUUCGAUUCCAAAUCUUCAGUCAAUUAUUGCCGCAUCCGAUGGGGCAAUGGUUGCUCGUGGUGAUCUUGGAGCUGAGCUUCCAAUUGAGGAAGUUCCUUUACUGCAGGAGGAGAUAAUUAGAAGGUGCCACAGCAUGCAGAAGCCAGUGAUUGUGGCAACAAAUAUGUUGGAAAGCAUGAUAGAUCAUCCAACACCCACACGAGCAGAAGUUUCUGAUAUUGCAAUUGCGGUACGAGAAGGCGCUGAUGCAAUUAUGCUCUCAGGGGAAACAGCUCAUGGAAAGUAUCCAUUGAAAGCUGUUAAAGUAAUGCAUACUGUUGCGCUUAAGACUGAAUCAGCUCUACCAACCAGCAGUAUUCCACCCAAUUCGAUUGCCCAAAAGAGCCAUAUGAGUGAAAUGUUUGCCUUUCAUGCUACCACAAUAGCGAACACCCUUGAAACGCCGAUCAUCGUCUUUACAAGAACGGGAUCCAUGGCUGUGCAGUUAAGCCAUUAUCGACCUUCUGCAACAAUCUUUGCCUUCACAAACGAGGAAACAGUGAAACAGAGGUUGAUACUUUAUCACGGUGUGCAUCCCAUUUACAUGAAAUUUUCAGAUGAUGCAGAAGAAACAUUCUCUCGAGCGUUGAAUCUUUUGAUGGAAAAACAAUUGAUUGAGGAAGGAGGACAUGUGACACUCGUCCAGAGUGGAAUGCAACCAAUCUGGCGCAGAGAGUCUACACAUCACAUCCAAGUCCGCAAGGUCCAAAGUUGAUUAUGUAUCAGUUAUCUUUUUAGAUCUGUCCCUGAUUGAUUUUUAAUUUAGUUGAUUUAAAAUGUUAUUCCUGAAAUGGAAGAUAGAAUUAUUUCAACGGUGUGUUUUGUCUAUCUAUUAGGAAGAUAGCUGUAGAUCUUGAUUUUUUCGUUUUUCUUUUUACAAAUACUUAAUAUUCAUAUUUUAAUCUUUAUGCAAUUUUGCUCGAGGUUUGUGGGUUUGGUGA